AUGCUUCCUGCUUUGGCCGUCGCCCUCGGAGGAUCUGUCAGUCUCGCAGCUGGCCAUCCUCACCCUCAGCGUCGCGAUGUCGCUUCUUUCCCCGCCGGAACUUCAUGGGAUAUCAUCUUGAACAAGGGGGACACCAACCUUGACGAUCUUGCCGGCACCGAGAGUGCGGGCGUAACUGCCAUCGACAUUGAUCUUUUCGACAACGAGGCGUCGACCAUCAGUGCUUUGAAGAACCAGGAUAAGCAAGUCAUCUGCUACUUCAGCGCCGGAUCUCGUGAGGACUGGCGCGAGGAUGCCGACCAAUUCAAGUCGGACGACUAUGGGCAAGGUUUGGAUGGUUGGGAAGGCGAGAACUGGGUCAACGUCCAGAGUGAGAAUGUUCGGAGCAUUAUGAAGACGAGGAUCGAGCUUGCGGCGCAGAAGGGCUGCACAGCCGUCGAUCCCGACAACGUAGAUGGAUUUAACGACAACCAAGACGGCUUCGGCCUCGAUCAGUCUGCCUACGCCGACUAUGUCAAGUUCCUUGCCUCCACAGCCGCAGCCAACAACCUCGCCAUCGGCCUCAAGAACGCGCUCGACCUUAUACCCGACGUCAUCGAUGUCAUUCAGUUCGCUGUUAACGAGCAGUGCCACGAGUACAACGAGUGUGACCGGUACAAGCCGCUGACGGCUGCUAACAAGGCCGUCUUCAACAUCGAGUACGGCGGCGACGCGUGCACCAGCCCUGCUGGUGUUGAUCUGUCUAUUCUAAUCAAGAACGAGGAUCAGGCUCUGAAUGCGUUGGGCGGUGCGUGCGAUGCCAGUGUGGGAGCAUCCUCCUCACCGACCCCUUCGACGUCUGCAUCCGCGGAAGCAAAUUCUGCUGUCGUGGAGAACACGUCCGUUCCGGUGCCGGCGCAGACGCCAAGUCUUCCUGCAGCCCCUGCAGUCACGCCGAGUGGAAGCGACACGGUGAAGCCAUCGUCGUCUGCUGCGAGCUCGGAGGCUACGCCCGAGCCCAGUGCCGGGGCUGGUGAUGAGGAGGAAGACGAAGAAGACGAAGAAGACGGCGAAGAUGAGGAAAAUGAAGAUGGCGAGGACGAGGACGAGGACGAAGAAGAAGAAGAAGACGAGGACGAGGAUGAUGACGAGGAUGCGCAGCCUUGGUGGCAGCGUCACCACAAGCAGGAGUAG